AUGACGCCCGCGGGGUACAGAGCGACGCUGCGCGACGAGGACGGGGAAGAUUACGCGUCGAUGCGACACGCCCUCGACGCGCUUCGGAACAUCGAUAAAGUCGACGCGUCGGGAGGUGCGGACGCGCGCGGUGCGUCGAACGCGGCGCGCGAGGGAUGGGCGAGCGCGCGGGCGAGCGCGAUCGCGGGCGACGCGGACCGCGGGACGUACGAGGUGGUCGAGACGCUGCGCGCGGGCGGAGCGGCGUCGAGCGCGAGUUUUAGUAAAGUCGGCGAGAGGAGUCUGGCGAUCGGUGAUCGCGCUGGAUCGAUCCUCGUGAGGCGAUGCGCGACGGAUGAUAUGGCGUGCGCGUCGACGAGCGAGGUCGGGGCGCACGAUGGGGAGAUUGUUGGCAUGGAUUGGAGUUUGAACGGCGGACGCCUGGUAACUGUAGGCAAGGUGGGGGAAGUGAAAACGUGGAACGUGACGCACACGUCCAAGACGACGAUACAAAUGACGAAGCAGAGCGCUUUUAAGGUGCAUACUGAGGUGACGUGUGUUCUGUUUCACGCGGCGAAAGACGAUCUCGUUUUUGUGGGCACGAAGUUGCGAGAGGUGCUCGUCGUCGACGUCCAGGUCGGAGUCCUCUUGGACAAGUUCACGAUGAACGCGGUACCGCUUUGCAUGGAAUCCAACACAUCAGGGUGUGUUCUGUUCGUCGGUGACGCUGAGGGCAAUAUCAGCGUGUUGACGUGCGACGCUCGAAUGAAGAAGACGCUGUCACUCAAGUCUGAAGGCGACGCUGCGGUUGAAAAUCCACUUCAGCGCGUCAUCAAUGAAAGAUCGGCGAGUCAAUCAGAGAGGAUGAGCGUGGUCGGGCAUCAACAGCUGCCUGAUGAAGAUGGAAGUGACCCGUCGACGGUAGGAUCGAAACUCCGCUCGACACUCGCAUCGAUGCUUUCAAAGGCAAAAACCGCGGUGCCCGUGCCGCGGGUGGCUCAAGUGAAGACUGGGUAUCGCUUGCGAGCGGCAAAAACGAUUUCUGCAGAAAAAUCGCCGAUUCGCGCGAUACGCUAUUGUCCGUUCGUUACAAUCACGGGUAGAGCUGCGUUGUUGAGCUUCCAUGAGUGCGGUAUCGUGCGUAUGUAUCACGCAAACGAUUUGCGGUACUCGUCUUUUAACUCUUUCACCCACGGACAAAUACACGAUUGGACCACUCCGGCCCGCGGUAGUGGCGCCGUUUCUUUCGCACACGGACACUCCAUCGAUCUGCCCCUCUUAUCCGCCUCUAGAGCCAAUCGAACGGCACUAUACGUCAUGCCCACUAUUCCCGAAGCACCGAUCCAGGCCUUGCAGUUCACCGACGAUGUAGAAGAGAAUAGCGAACAAGCUGUGGAUAUUGCAACCGUAUCGGAAUGGUCGCACGAUUCCACCGAGCUUGUUAUCGGUUAUGCGUCGGGUAAAUUGGUCGUCUGGCGCAAGAUGUGAUGUUUUCUGUAUUCAAAUUAUCCUGUUGUUGCAAUUUUA